UCCAAUUAAAAAAACCAAAACUGUCACUCGGCGUCCGCAAAAAAUGACGGAUUUCGCGAAAUCGAACGGCGGCAACACCAAUAACAACAAUAAUAACAAUAGUUACAUCGUUCGCGAUCGCAACACGUUUUUAAAACCAAAAGGGGGACGUUGGGGUGGACCCCAUUUCUACGUUCGCACCCCUUUUGGCGCCGUCCGAAGACCGACAUCUAACAGACAUGGAAUAUCUCGAAUUAGGGGUGUUGGUGGUAGUAGUACUUUACCUCAAAUCGCAAUCAAACGAAAAGACGAAUGCGGAGUAAACGCCGAGGUUGUUCUUUUGAACGGAAAUUGGGAUACCUCGAAUGAAAUCCCAAAUAUCAUCGCAGAAAUGCACAACGUAAAUGUUGAAGAGUUGCAGGGUUGUCUUCAUCGCGGAGUUUCCAGCAAACACUUGAAGAUGGAAUCAACGGUGGAUGCUUUGGGGAGUCCCAUGGGGUCCGAUAGCGGAAUUGAAGGAGAUUGUUCCGAAGGAAAUUUAUCGUGGUUGUUGAAUUAUAAAAUACAGGAAUUACCACCUGUACCUGAUUGUGCAAUACCCGAGACGCAAACUUUUAAUUUAAAUCAUUUCCAACCGACAAAUUGCCCAACUCAAACUUUCGUUGCAACGGAACCUCCGAAACAAUUCUAUUUCCAUCCUCAACAACAACAGCAGCAAAUUCAAAACGUUUCAACUCAACAGCGACAAGAAAAAUCAACCACACCAUCUUCAUGUCGCCUAUUAGAUGAUGGUAAAUCUCACCACAACAAUUCAUAUCGUUAUGCUGGCCCGAAAAAGCCCCCGUUUACUUACACCGAACUCAUUGAGCACGCUCUUAAUGAAAAAGGAGAAUUAACGGUUUCGGGAAUUUAUCAAUGGAUAUCAGAUCACUUUCCAUUUUACAAACAAAACGACGACAGAUGGAAAAAUUCCGUUAGACAUAACUUGUCGAUAAAUCCCCAUUUUCGUAAAGGAAGCAAAGCAAUACAUGGAGCGGGUCAUUUGUGGACGAUAGCUCAAAAAGAAGAUAAGAAAACCUGGAACAUUAAAAAACAACGAAUGCAACAAUUUAUUCAAACGACUUUAAACGAUUGGAACAAAGAGAAACAACAGGAAAUGGAAUUGGCUGCUGCCACAGCGAGUAUUUUGCCGGCGGAUGGUCGAGAAGAUGUUAACAAUCACGCGAACGUAUUAAAAAUGGAAAUUGGGACGCCGCAAAUACAAGGCGUCAAUCAAAAGCAGAACGUAGAAGUUGAAUAUAUCAUCGAUAUGUCAACCGGGUUAGGAGAUUUUCUCUGUCCGCCAGUUUCAAAAGAAGAGGUCGUCGAAGAGUGUGGUCUUGGCGGAGGUGACUUCCUCAUCACCGAUCUCAACCCGAACGCCCUGGGUCUUAACCUAACCGAGGCGGAGAUUAUUAAUGGUUCGAAUCUCUACGACGACUUAAACUUCCAGUGUUACGAAUUACAAACCGAAUAGCAAAAUUUUAACAUAACAAAAAAAAUUAAUAACUUUUAUUAAUUUUGUUCAAUCCGUCCUCACCAUCCCCGAAACAAUGAUCCUAUUUAAUCAUUUAGAGAUUGCUUAUAACCUAUAAUAAUAAUAAUUUAGAA